GAGGUCCUCAUUUUCAAAACAAACAAAAUGGCUGCGCACAUGAGAUGGGGUCUUCUGCAGUUGUUACGGGCAAGAAAUACGGCUCACCUUAGGUUUCCGGUGAAGACCAGAAGCUCGUUCCACUCACAGUGCUCGACCCAGAUCUCCAAGAAGCUUCCCGGGACAAGACCCACACACUUCUCCAUAAGACACCUGUCCAUCCAGACUCAAGACACUCCGAACCCCAGUAGCUUGAAGUUUCUCCCUGGUAAAGCUGUCCUGGGAAGUGGGACGCUUGACUUUCCCACUUCAAGCUCGGCUGAAUGUUCAUCUUUAGCCAGGGACCUGUUUGAUAUUGAAGGAGUAAAAAGUGUGUUCUUUGGCCCAGACUUUAUCACAGUCACUAAAACAGAUGAGGAUGUGGAAUGGACAGACAUUAAGCGUCAUGCUGUGGAUGCCAUUGCUAACUUCUUUGAGAGUGGUGAGCCGAUAACAACUGGGGUAGUGCACAAUGAAAGCAGUCAUUCUGAGGAUGAUGAUGAUAUUGUAUCUAUGAUAAAGGAGCUUCUGGACACCAGAAUCAGACCUACAGUGCAGGAGGAUGGAGGUGAUGUCAUCUUUAAGGGGUUCGAGGACGGCACAGUCAAGCUGAAGCUGGUUGGUUCCUGCACAGGGUGUCCGAGUUCUACAGUUACCCUGAAGAACGGCAUUCAGAACAUGAUGCAGUUUUAUAUCCCAGAAGUAGACAAUGUGGAACAGGUUGAAGAUGAAGUGGAUGAAAUCAAUGCAAAGGUUUUCUCACAGCUGGAGCGCAAAUUGCAAGACUGAAAUGGGAAUGAGUUUUGUUGGAAGUCAAAUAUAUUCCACUGUGUAACAACACAGCUAUGCAUAAUUUCCACUGAUUACCAUUCUUCAAUCAUAAGAAUGAGAAAUUGGUUACCUGCUGUUAUGUGUGCAUAAUUUAUACUUUGAAGUGUUCACCCUGCAAUUUAUGUGUGCAUACUGUAGCACCCUGUUACUAAGACAAGUAGAUACAUGAAUAUAACUGCACAUAGUUAAUACUGUCAUUCUUCUAGCCAGUCAAAAUGUUCUGCUGUGAUGGCUGUAAAUGUUGUUCUGUAUUUAUUUCUUUAUAAAUAUUUUAUAUUUUGAAAGAAUAUUUUCAUAGGUUAGAGAUACUGUAAAGGUUUUGACAUUUGUCAUGCAGAGUGAAGGUUUGAAGAUAUAUAUCAUCUGAAAUGUAACUGAACCAACAAAGGCACAAUCAGUAGGAUUGAAAAUACAGCCAGAGAGCUCUGGAGAUUCAGACACAGCCACACACUCCUAGUGGGUCAUAAGUGAUGAUUGAAAUUGAUUAUGAUUAUAUUAUUAUUUUUGUCUGACUCUAUGUAUUGUUUAUAAGGAAUAUAAUACUCAUUGUUCCCUUAUUGCACCAUCUAUAAGUAUGAUGAUAUUGAGGCUACAGUUAUUCAUCAAGCAGAAGUAAGUUUUCUAUUGUAACUGCAUAUAAUACCUGCCUGCUAUAUGUGCUUGUCUUACAUUCUUCAGAUUUACUGUAUCACUGUAUUAAACAAAGUUCGCAGUUUGAA